CACGCAGGGCAUGGAAACUUCUCGAGGUCAUUUGUCUCAUCCUUGAGCCUGCCAAAGAUCACUAUAAUAGUGGUCCUUCAUCCCACGCUAUGCGGAACUUGGACGUGUGCAGGAAGAUCUAUUCACGAUUCAAGUCAUCCGAACCCUGGGAACUGUCGGAAGUUCUGCAAAAUGCACUGUGCUUCACGCUCACUGCUGCCAAAGCAUCUCGGGAUCCUGCCCACUUGUGGUAUGGCCAUUAUUUAG